CGGAACCCGGGUUUCUCUCAAACCCGGAAUGUGAGGCCUGGGCUUGGCGCUCUCUGGCUCCGUGCCCCGCUGUUUAUCCGGGCCUGCGUGUGCCGCUGCUGCCCUAUAGCUCGCCCCGGAGGAGCCAGGGCGGCCGUGCGCUUCUGCCCUGUGCCCGCGUGGCUGCCACCGCCCGUCCGAAUCCUCCGGGGCCGCAGAGGAGUUCGCUACGGAGGGAGGCGGGGGCCUUCGGGAGGAGGAGGCGGAGGAGGCGGAGGAGGAGGGAAGGAAGAUGGCGGCCGUGGAACUAGAGUGGAUCCCAGAGACUCUGUAUAACACCGCCAUCUCCGCUGUCGUGGACAACUACAUCCGCUCCCGCCGAGACAUCCGCUCCUUGCCCGAGAACAUCCAGUUCGAUGUUUACUACAAGCUUUACCAACAGGGACGCUUAUGUCAACUGGGCAGUGAAUUUUGUGAAUUGGAAGUUUUUGCUAAAGUAUUGAGAGCUUUGGAUAAAAGACAUUUGCUUCAUCAUUGUUUCCAGGCUUUGAUGGAUCAUGGUGUGAAAGUUGCUUCGGUCUUGGCCUACUCAUUCAGUAGGCGGUGCUCUUACAUAGCAGAAUCAGAUGCUGCGGUAAAAGAAAAAGCCAUUCAAGUUGGCUUUGUUUUAGGUGGCUUUCUUUCAGAUGCAGGCUGGUACAGUGAUGCUGAGAAAGUUUUUCUAUCCUGUCUUCAGUUGUGUACUCUACAUGAUGAGAUGCUUCAUUGGUUUCGUGCAGUAGAAUGUUGUGUGAGGUUGCUUCAUGUGCGAAAUGGAAACUGCAAAUAUCACUUGGGUGAAGAAACAUUUAAGUUAGCUCAGACAUAUAUGGAUAAACUCUCAAAACAUGGUCAGCAAGCAAACAAAGCUGCACUGUAUGGAGAACUGUGUGCACUACUCUUUGCAAAGAGUCACUAUGAUGAGGCUUACAAAUGGUGCAUUGAGGCAAUGAAAGAAAUCACAGUGGGCUUACCAGUCAAAGUUGUGGUGGAUGUUUUAAGACAAGCUUCUAAGGCUUGUGUUGUAAAACGUGAAUUUAAGAAAGCAGAACAGUUAAUUAAACAUGCAGUGUAUUUGGCACGGGAUCAUUUUGGAUCCAAACACCCAAAAUAUUCUGAUACACUGCUAGAUUAUGGGUUCUACUUACUCAAUGUAGAUAAUAUCUGUCAGUCUGUUGCAAUUUAUCAGGCAGCCCUUGACAUUCGGCAGUCAGUGUUUGGUGGCAAAAAUAUCCAUGUAGCAACAGCCCAUGAAGACUUGGCUUAUUCUUCUUAUGUUCAUCAGUAUAGCUCUGGGAAAUUUGACAAUGCACUAUUUCAUGCUGAAAGAGCUAUUGGUAUCAUUACCCACAUCCUACCUGAAGAUCAUCUUCUUUUGGCUUCUUCAAAGAGGGUGAAAGCUCUUAUUUUAGAGGAGAUUGCAAUUGACUGUCAUAAUAAAGAAACUGAACAGAGGCUGCUUCAAGAGGCUCAUGAUUUGCACCUGUCUUCACUCCAACUAGCUAAGAAAGCUUUUGGGGAAUUUAAUGUACAGACUGCAAAACACUAUGGAAACCUUGGAAGACUUUACCAGUCAAUGAGAAAAUUUAAGGAAGCUGAAGAAAUGCAUAUCAAAGCAAUUCAGAUAAAAGAGCAACUUCUUGGUCAAGAAGAUUAUGAAGUAGCCCUUUCAGUGGGACAUCUGGCUUCUCUAUACAAUUAUGACAUGAAUCAGUAUGAAAAUGCUGAGAAACUUUAUUUGCGAUCUAUAGCAAUUGGGAAGAAACUGUUUGGUGAAGGCUACAGUGGACUAGAAUAUGAUUACCGAGGUCUCAUUAAACUUUACAACUCCAUUGGAAAUUAUGAGAAAGUGUUUGAAUAUCACAAUGUUCUUUCUAACUGGAACCGGUUGCGAGAUCGUCAGUAUUCAGUGACCGAUGCUCUUGAAGAUGUCAACACCAGCCCCCAGUCCACUGAAGAAGUGGUGCAGUCCUUCUUGAUUUCUCAGAGUGUUGAGGGACCGAGCUGCUGAGGGAGGACCUCAGUUAACUAAUUUACCUUUUCCCAGAUUCCAGGGAAUUCAUACUGUGAAAUCAAAACCAUGUUGUUUUUUGGGGCUGGAAUUUGCAUUGAAACACUGGUCCAGUCCAUUGACCCUAUUUGGGUGAUCCCUAUCUUGCAGAGUGUCUGUAGGAAUAAGCAUAUAUUCAGUUAUAUUCAGCAUGUACCGCAUGUAUAAGUAGUCUGGCCCAUAUUUUCAACCUAGUAGAACAAACAACAGGAAAUCUUUUUUUUUUUUUCCAUUUUAAAAAAUAAUUCAUUUUGCAGAAAGCCUGAAAAGAACCCCUAAAUAAAACUAUUUAAGAGUUUAAAAGAGUUGCAUUCUUAUUAUGUAAGGAUGAUUUUUACAACUUUUUAACAUAUUCUUCCUUGUGGAGGUAUUCAAUACUGUAUUGUAAAGAUAUUUUAUGGGGAAAAUCUUUAUAUGCAGUAUAGAAAAGUUAACACAGUGCUAGUAGAAGAGGGACAUCCUGACUUAGGUUUGGCUACCUUACCCAGAGAAGUGGAUGCAACCACUCCAGAGCUCUGUUACAAGGGAAGGACUGUCAGAUUCAUCUGAACUGGACCAGUGUUGAUCUGUAAGUAAUAGAAAAGCUGACAGACCAGCAGUUUUAUUAACCCUUUGGUUGUUUCAGGGUUUUUCGGUACAACAAUGCAAGAUGCUCUGAUAGCGUUUGCUUAUAGGACCAGGAGGACCUAAAAAGGACCAGCCUAAUGUAGAAAGGGGUUAUUUGGACCAGAGGCUUUAGGUUAUUAUUUUAGCCCCUGCAUAUACUUUUAUCAGUAGAAUGUUUCAUUUAGAGGUAUAAUGAAAAGUGAUAAUGCAAAAAUUAUAUUCAUGUAAUUAGACACCAAACCAGGGAAAUUUGGCAAUUACAGUGGCAUAUCUUUAGUCUGUGUGCACAGAUGGCAAUACCAUAAGCAAGUCUAUAAAUAUCUGCUGCAACCAUCCCCCUCAUUUUAAAUGUUAUCCUAAUAAUCAAUGCAAUUAACAAGUAUAUUGGCUAAGAGUCAUGAAAUAGCUCAUGGGUGGGAAUUUCAGGUUACUAUAUGGCUUGUGGGGAUUAAUGGAAAAACGAAUGCCCAAAAGAAGCAAUUCUUAGAAAUCCUUCAUUUUUAUGGUAAAUAAUAGUACAACUAUGUCAUUUUCUUUGAAAUUCGAGAGUCAAGUGCAGAGAUCCCCUAAUUAUAUAUGUGUCACUAACUUGUCUUCCUGUUCAUUGGGUUUUGAUUUUUUUUUAAUCUUAUGCCAGUCAGGUUAUUUAAUGUUGAGGUAAUUAAUACUCAAAUUUGGAAAGUUGUGACAUGUAGCAAUUAAGAAACAAAGUCUUUUGCUGUUACCUCAGUUCUUACUAUAGUGGCCUAUGUGGUGCCUCUAUAGUUAAGAAUCAGGGUUUCCCCCCCUAUUUUCAGGGGUUCAUGACUUGGCUGUCAGAGAUGUCGCUCUUGGCUAAUGCUUGGAGUAGUCUGUGGGUGAGUGGAUGUGUGUUGAAUUUUGGUUUUCUUUUAACAUGCACAUUAGGGUUGGAGGGGGGAAGAAAUGUAAACUGCCACAUUGAGUACAGAAAAAUUAAUUGGAGAUUUCGGGUAAAUUUGAUUUUAAACGCUUUUUGGGCUUCCCAAACCUAAUCUUGUUUAAAACUGUUAAUUGCAGUCUUGUUAGUUACUUAAAAACACGAGCCAGUGUUUUUAAGUCCCCAGGAGGGGAUUGACUGGGGAGGUACAUAAAGAGAUGAAGCAAGCCCAGACACUAAGACUGUAACUAUGAUUUCAAAACCUGGGUUUAUUCCUCAAAUUGAAUUAUUUCUUUUUCAUUUUAAAGAGUACAUUGGCACACCUGCACCUCCCCUCGCAGUUAAUUGCAGUCUAAUGCCAAGAGGCACCUCUUUAUUAAUUACCAAAUAGUCUGUGUGACCAAGGACUAACAUUUAUCAAGUUACUCAGCUCUAUCCUCAUGGGCCUAUAUAUUUAAUACCUCCAAAGAUAUUUCCAGGAUAGGCUUUGUAUACUUUUGUUGGUUAUUUAGAGUCCUGUGGUAUGUUUGUGGUAUAGGAAUGUCAUGGUAAAUUGUUUUUCAAUAAAUAUUUUGAAACUUAA